GUGGUGGUGGUGCCUCACUCUGGUGUUGACUCGCUCAGGAGGAGUAUCGCGUCCCCACCAUUCCUCAACACCACUCCUCAUCACCACUCUCACCACCACCACCACCACCACCACCGCUCUUCAUGGGACGCCCUUACCUGUCGCCCUAGAUUAAUAACCCUACAAGGCCACCGUCUCAGUCCCUGGCCUCGGCUCGCCCGGGAUAGGCAGGCAGGCAGGUUGGUAGGCUUCACCAUGACGCCUCACCCCGCCUCGCUCUCCUAUUUACGUCCACGCCUACCCUCGCCAGGCCUGGAGGUGCCCGAGGCGGUGAAGGCCCCGUAGUCACCCCGCCCAACGCUACCCCUCUAAGCCUCUCGCCCUAAAGAACUCCUCGCCCUUGGAUCCACUGACACGGAGGUUCAGAUUCUAUACAAGGCUUACCAGGAAGGAUCAGACGCUUUCUCGUGCAUUCACAAAGGAUCAGAAGUUAUCUAAGACUUCACAAAGAUUCAUAAACUCUCUCGUGCAUUCACAAAGGAUCAGAAGCUAUCUAAAGCGUCACAGAGGACAAGAAACUACGUGGUUGAUGUUCAUAAGCUACCCAAGGCUUGACACAAAAGAUCAGACGCGCUCUCACUCACCCACAGAUGAUCAGAAACUACCCAAGACCGCACAAAGAAUAAGGAACUAUUAAUACUUGCUUGAGGAUCGGAAACUAAGAACUAUAAACCGCUCAAGCCUCUAAAACCAGCACCAAAGGAUCAGAAACCACUUGAAAAACGACAGCAACGUUCACAAACACACACAGAGAUAGGAUUGAAACGCUUAACGCCUUAUGCUUCAUCAGAAAGGCUCAGAAACGACAAAAACGAUCGGAAACAUACAUAGAAAGGCUUGAAACGCUUUUUACUUCAUCACAAAAGCUCAGAAACCACUUGAAACGACAAAAAACGAUCAGAAACACACAGAGAGAAAGGAUUGAACGCGUUAACAGCUUCAUUCUACAUCACAGAGGCUCCAGGUAUAGCAGAGAGGGUCAGAAAACCCCUUGAUAAAAAGACGAUGAAGAUUCCUACCAGGCUAUCGUUGAAGGGUUAAAGGCAGAGAGCGGAGCGGUGAGUGGAGUGUUUUAACGGAGCCCAAACUCUUGAAGGGCGCAAGUUGGCCCUGUCCCCGAGGCGUCCCUUCUCCUCGAGUGGCGAUCAGAGGUGGAUUGAAGAGGAAGAAGAGGAUUGAAGAGGAGGAUUGAGUGGUGUAGGUGAAGUGCCCGGCCCGUUGACUGCCUUUGUUUGUGAGUGUGUGUUUGUGUAUGUGCGUGUAUGUGUGUGUGUGUUUACCCCGUGAAAGACAGCGAGCCGCCAAGUUUGUGUGAUUCGCUUCCUCUCACGGGAAAUUUACCAACUUUUUGUUCCGGCCAGCCCUGAGAGAGAGAGAGAGAGAGAGAGGGAGAGGGAGAGCACUGGCUGGCUGUCCCCUGUCGGCCCUAACAACAAGACAGAGAAAGGGAGAGGGAGAGAAGACAAAAAAGCGAACCUAAAUAAAAGAAGAAAGAAAGAAAGAACGUUGACGAGAGAAAAUAAGAAAUAGAAAAGAAGUAGAAAAAGGAAACAUCAAUAAACCGAAUGAGAAAGAGGAAAUCAGAAGGAAAAGAAGAGAAAGAGAAGAGAAAAAGAUAGAAAAAGAUAGACGAGUGAACAGUGAAAAGGAAGAAAACGAAUAAGAAAGAAAGAAAGAAAAGCAAAAAAAAACGAAAGAAAGAAAGAAAAUAAAGAAAAGGAAUAAGAAAUAAGAAACAGUAAAAGAAAGAGAGAGAGAAACAAAAAAAAACAUAUUAAAGAAAGAAAAGAAAAGAAGAAAAUCAAGAAAAUCAAGCUAAAAACCACAACCAAUAGACAAUACGAGAGAGAGAGAGACUGAAUCCCCAACAGUUAUCAGAAGAAUAAAAAGAAGAAGAAUCAAAAAGGAAUCCAGUCACAUAUUAUUUUCUCUAUACUCUUUGAUGCGACUGACCUCAAGAAUUCAAACCCAAUCAAACGUCGACUUAAAUAACAACAAGUAACAGUUAGCAGGCUUCUCCUCCUCCUCCUCCUCCUCUUCCUCUUCUUCCUUCACUUCCUCCUCCUCCUCCUCCUCCUCCUCCUCCGCCUCCUUCUGCGUCUGACCUCAGUUGUCGCAAGGGAAAAAAAUAAAAAGAAAGUCGUGGGCGGAAAAAGCGAAGGAAUGGCAUGAAAGACAUAUUCUGAGACCGAGUUGGGAGAGGAAAAAAAAUAAGAGGAGGAAAAAGACAGAAAGAGGAGGAAGAAGAAGGGAGAGGAAUAAAGAGGGAGCGAGAGAUUACACACACACACACACACACAGAUAGACAGACAAAGAGGAAAAAGGACACGCUGAAGAAGAGAAAAAGAGAGCAAACCUGAGAAAGACAAGAGAAAGAGAGAGAAGAAGAAAGAAAACGAUUAAAAAGAAAGUGUGUGAGUGAAAGAGAGAGAAAAAGAGCAACAGGAAACAAACAAAGGGCAAGAGAAGUCAAGUAUUUAGAGAGAGAGAGAGAGAGCGUAAAAAAUCCUGCUGCGAAUCGUAAUAGCUAAGGUCAUAUAAAGUCACCAGGUCAAGCUCACGAGGUCAAGGUCACCACUUCAAGGUCACCAAAUCAAGGUCAUCAGGUCACCUCAUGGCACCAGCGCUCGGGGUCAACAUGGCUCUCCAAGAUGACCUCUUCCCGGGGGUCAUCCUGCCGCAGCCGGGGUCGUCGCUCCCCCCUGAGGCCGUGAGCCUGACCCCACAUGACCUUACCCCCGCACCCCUACACAACGCAGCCGUGGAGAUGAUGGGCGGCGUAUGGGUCACCAGCCUGGUCGCGGCGGGCGCAGGGGUGGCGGCGGUGCUGGUGGUGGUGGCGGCGGUGUGGGCGUGGAGGCGACGAGCGGCCAACAGGAAGGGUGACGAGGAGAGACAGCAGAUUCUUCUAUGGCCAGGAGCGGGGAACCAGCCGUGCAGCUUCCAGACGCGGGAGAUCCGGUUCACGCUCCCCCCCAGCCUCGCCCCACUCGGCUCGGCGCUGGAUGACUCGCAGGCUGAUGAUGACGAUUAUGAGGACCUGAGUGACCUCGCCCCCCUCGCCACCCAGUCUGGGUCAGGUCACCUACAGGACUCGGGGUCAGCCUCGUCCUCGUCCCUGACCUCGCUCACGUCCCUGGAUGCGAGCGAGGCAAGACGAGCAUCCCUGUCUGACCAGCGACGGAGAUCUCUGCAAGGGUACAGUCUGGGCACACUCAACCCGGAGCUGUACCGCAUCCCAGACCACUUGGACGACCCCGCCACAUACCCGGACGGUCACUUAGGACGACUCUUCUUCACGCUGCAAUACGUUAGCGACGGCGAGAAAUUACAAGUGGGUAUUUUGAGGGUACGGAACCUGCCCUCACGUACCCUGGGCUCCACUAACGCCUGUGACCCCUAUAUAAGGCUCAGUGUGUUGCCAGACGAGCGCCGUUACCUACAGACCAAACAGAAGAAGAAGACUUGUAACCCAGUUUUCGACGAGCACUUCGGAUUUCACAUUCCCAUCCGGUGCGUGGGCGAGCGCACCCUGCGGCUCACAGUGCUGGACGGGGGUCGGCCCAAGCGUCAGGGCGCCACCGUGGGCCACGUGUACUACCCCCUCGGCCGCGUCCUGGCCCAGCCGCCCGCAGAGUCCGCCCCCGUCAUGACCAGGGAUCUCGUCAGGGAGGACGAGAACGAGUCGAGGAGUAACCUUGGAGAGCUGCUCGUCUCCCUCACCUACAACGACACUCUCCACAGACUCUCCCUCACCGUCUUCCAGGGACGCGGAGUCAAGGUUGGCGACGGUGAAACAGUGUCGUGGGUGAAGGCGUCCCUCAUGGCGCAGCGUCGCACCCUCAAGAGCAAGAAGUCGGCGGUGGUGGCGGCGGUGGAGGAGCCGCACUUCAACCAGCCAUUCCACUUCCGCCCGCCCGCCGCCCUCGAGGGAGUCCACCUCAACCUCACGCUCUCCCUCGCUGCCAACGCGGCCUCCAAGGGUCGUCCGCUUGGCAGGGUCGUGAUCGGUCCCUUCAUGUUCGCAAGAGGGCGCGGGCUGACUCAGUGGAACCAGGCCCUCGCUGCCCCAAAAGAGCCCAUACAGUUCUGGCACCCGCUGAUGGAGUAGUGCCAAGGCCGACCCCUCUCCUGACACACCGAGGCACUGCUGACACACUGAGGCACUGCUGGCACUGUUUAGAGGCACUUCACAUGUUGAUAGAAUUAUGUCUGUUAGCCACAUAUGCUGAGAGUAGUCACACCCUGAGUCUGAUCACACCACAUAUGUUCUAGGCCCACAUACAGACACAUGCUCUUGUAGAAAACCUCCCUAGAGCCACACUACUAGCCACAUAUGCGGAGUCCAGCCACAUACUCUGACCACACCACAUAUCCAACAUACAGACACAUACUUACAUACCUAGAGUCACACCCUCCCUAGCCACACCCACGCAAUGACCACAUAUCUCUAACACACACACACACACACACACACACACACCAAGCAUCUAGUACUCUCCUCAUGACCACGUGUUGACCUAUGACCUUCCCUUGACCUCCACACAAACACGGUCGCCUAUACAAGCAUCUAGUCAGCCUGUGAUGACCCUUGAAUGACCUCUAAUGACCUGACCCUAUUAGACACCUGCUGGAAGUGCUUGAACUAGUAUUAAAUAGCACCUUAGGAAUAGCCAAUGAGGUGCUAGGAGGAGGAGGAGGAGGGAAGAGGAGAAAUAGGCUGUUUUAGAAUCAUAUAAGAAAUAGUCGACUUAGGAAGAGGAAGAAGAGAAGGAGGAGGAGGAGGAGGAGGAGAGAAAUAGGCUGUUCUAGAACCAUAUAAGAAAUAGUUAACCUAGUGCUACAAAUAAGAAGAGGAGGAGGAGGAGGAGGAAGAGGAGGAAGAAGACUAGUCCAUAUAUUAGCACCUUAUAGAAACCAGGUAUACCCAAGUGCUUAUAAGAAGAAGAAGAAGGAGGAGGAGGAGGAGGAGGAGUAGGAGGAGGACUAGCAAAUGCAUAUCAGAUACUUAAUAGUGCAUAGUGGCCAAAUAGCAUCUUUAAAUAGCUAAAUAAAUACUACACAAAGAAAAGGAGGAGGUGGAAUAGAGGAAUCAGUCAACAAGCCAGUCAGUAUUAAGUGUACAAGCUUCAGUCAGUCAGUCAGUCAGUCAGUGUGUGUCAGUCAGUCAGUCAGUCAAUGAGCUAUGUUGUAAUAAGUAUUUUUUUUUCUUUUUUUUCCUCUCUCUCUCUCUCUCUCUCUCUCUCUCUCUCUCUCUCUCUCUCUCUCUCUCUCUCUCUCUCUCUCUCUCUCUCUCUCUCUCUCUCUCUCUCUCUCUCUCUCUCUCUCUCUCUCUCUCUCUCUCUCUCUCUCUCUCUCUCUCUCUCUCUCUCUCUCUCAUUAUUAUUAUUACUAUUACUAUUAUGGCAUUUCAUUUCUCUUUUUUCAAUGAUUUCUUCUCUGCACACACACACACACACACACACACACACACACACACACACACACACACUGUAACAUAAGAACACCCUAAGACAGGUCACUAAGGCAGCUAAUUUGGUGCUAUGACCCUUCAAUCUCACCCUUAUGAACUAUUCUUAACAUAGGAGGAAGGGAGGGGGGGAGAGAGAGGAAGGAAGAAAGGAAGAAAGGACAGGAGGGGAAAGGAGAGGAAAGGAAGGGAUGGGAGGUAAGGAGGAAAGGAUAGGAGGAGAGAGGAGAGGAAAGGAAGGGAUGGGAGGUAAGGAGGAAAGGAUAGGAGAGAGAGAGAGAGGAAGGAAGGAAGAAAGGACAGGAGAGAGGAGAGGAAAGGAAGGGAUGGGAGGUAAGGAGGAGAGGAGAGGAGAGAAGGGAGAAAGAGAGAUGAGGGAGAAAGGGAGGAAACAGAGAGAGAAAAAGGGCAUCGAUAUCACUUCUCCUCCUCCUCCUCCUCUUCCUCCUCCACCUCCUUUUAUUUACAUUAUAUUAUCUACUCUAACUUCACCUCUAUAUUAAAUUCUGUGUUCAUGGGACCUUCCUUAUUAAUAGUUUCCAUUAUUUAUCAUCUUUAUUAUUUGCUUAUCUCUUCCUUCCUAUGUCCUAUCCUUACCUAUCUAUCAAUCCAUCUAUCUAUCUAUCUAUCUAUCUUUUUCCUUCAGCCGAUCAUCCACUCUCUUGUUAUUCAAAGCAAAGCGACUGUCAAUCAUUUUUUCACAUUGUCCUCAUCACCAGUUUUAACAUAUACAUAAACUUCCUAUGCCCUAUUCCUUAACCAAAGACACACACACACACACACACACACACACACACACACGCACUAUAACACACACACGCAAACACCUGGUUUAUCCCUAUGUCUGCCGUCUUAGCAAGGGUUCCAUAGAGUAUAUAUAUAUCUUUCACAUAGACGACUAUAUUUAUCACAGAGGACAAGAGUAGCAUGCCAUAUUUGUGUACAGUGUUAUAAUAGUUCGAACCAGACGACACGCGACAAGGGCAGUGGAGGGCCGCAGUGGUGCCAGAAUUUAGUGGGUCAAAGGUUACACUGGCCAAUGCAUAUAAUUUAGAACCUUUUUACAACCUGAGUGACCUAUUUGAUUCUUGCUGUCCCCUUUGAAUUCUUUUGAUUUUGGUGCUGUUUUUAGGCAUCCUUUCCCUAAUGGUGCCAGAAUUUAGUGGGUCAAAGGUUACACUGGCCAAUGCUUAUGACCUAGAACCUUUUUGCAACCUGAGUGACCUAUUUGAUUCUUGCUGUCCCCUUUGAAUUCUUUUGAUUUUGGUGAUAUUUUUCAAGCCUCCUUUCCCUAAUGGUGCCAGAAUUUAGUGGGCACAUGAGCUGGCACUAUCCAAAGUCACCCUGUCCUAUGCUUGUAACCUAGAACCCAUUGGCAAUAUAAUUUAAGCUAAGUGACCUAUUUGGUUCUUGCUUCCUUAAUGUUCUUUCCCAUUGAAUUGUAUUGAUUUAGGUGCUGUUUCUGGCCCUUUUAUAACUAGCUAGAUUAUCUUUGGUUGAGGGGAGGAGGGAAGGAAGGCAGGAAGGCAGCUUGCACUCACACUAACAAGCUUGACAUUCCACUAUCCCAAACCUGCUUGCCCUAACUAACUAACUAGCUUGCAUAUGAACUAGAUUACUAUUUCUCAUAUUUUAAACUAACUAUACUACUUUUUAACACCUAGAUUUGAGUUAACUAUUUUAAGAACUAGAUUACCAUUUCAUAUUUUAAACUAACUACUGUAUAUUUCUUUUUAACACCUAGAUCGAGUUGACAAUUCAGCUCUCGGCCCUCUAAUCUCUACCCCCACUAACAUUUCUCUGGCACUAUUCUGGCCUCUGCUGCACUAACAAUGGUGUAGCCUUAGACUGUGGUGAGCUAAUACGCCUGUUGUAAUAACGAGUACCUGUAUAUAAUCUGUAUGGUUAUAAGUGUGUCAUGUAAAUUAUGUUGUAGCGUUAAUGAUAUAUAUAUAUAUAUAUACAGAGACACGGACAAGCCUCGUCAUGCAUAGGUGUAAUAUAUAUCAUGGAAGGAAAGGAAGGAGGGAGGGAGAGAGAGAGAUAAGGGAGAAGGAAGGAAGGAAGAAGGAAAGAGAAAGGGCAUUAGACAAAGAAGGAAGAAUAAAGAAAAGGAUAGGAAGGAAUGGAGAGAGAGAUAAGGAAGAAAAAAGGAAGGAAGGGAGACAGAGGAGGAAGAAGAAGAGAAAAGGAAGGGAUAAAACCUGAGAGGGAGGAAAGGAAGGAUGGGAGAGGAAAGGAAGGAAUAGGAGGUAAAAAGGAAAGGAUAGGAGAGGAAGGGAAAGGGAAGGGAAGAGAAAGUCUGCAAGGAAUAGUUUUGGCAAUACAAGCUUUUAAUUGUCAUUAAAUCUAAAGAACCAAAGAUAACUAUUUCCCCAACAUCAUUUUAACCUAUACAAACCGACUUAUUGACCAUAUAAUCCUCAAAACGUCUUUAAUUUCCCGUAUCUAUCAUCAGUGUUCACAAGUCCAUCUUUGAUUUAAAGUGAGGAGCUUGGAACAUCAUAAUUUUUCCCCUGAUAUCACUCCUCUGUUAUUAGUAAGAUCCAUAAGAGUUUAUCAGUACACGCCUAACAGGUGCUGCCUUAGCCUUAUAUAGGACAGGAGCUACUUUGUAUAGGCUGACCAGGUUCUUGCAGACUCCUUAUGUUCUUGUAUUUUAACCCAUAUGCAUGACGAGGGUUGUCUGUAGCGUAAGGAGAAGGUGAGGUACGGGGCGGGGCGGAGAGUGUGGCAGAGUGUAUAGUGUGUGUGUGUAUAUAAGAUGCACUCAGACUUAUAUACUUGUACACAGAGUGUAGCAGACUGGAAACUAAGUCUACAUGAAAUACAAUAAAACACUUUACUUAUAUACAGUCCUAUAGAAAAUACUGUAUGUGUAUGAGUAGCCUAUGAUGUGAAAUGAAAAGAAGAAGAAACAGUAUAUCAUCUUCAGAGCAGAGUGAAUUACAUUACUAAACAAUAUAAGAUGGAAACGAGAAGAAAAACAAAAGAAGACGAAGAAGUAGAAGAAGAAAGAAGGUGGAGAAGAAGAAGAAGAAAAAAAAAAACAGCACCUUAGAACUUAAACCAACACUAUUCCUUUGUUACUAGUGAGAACAGAACUUGAUACCUGGUGACAUAACCCUUCCCAGUUACUAGUGAAAGCCUGAACUGACUGGUGAGUGACAUGACCCUUCCCAGUUACUAGUGAAAGCCUGAACUAACUGGUGACCCCUUACCAGUUACCAGUGAAAGCCUGAACUAACUGGUGACUGACACAACCCUUCCCAGCACCAGUGGACUAAGCCAUGACUGGUGAAGGUCGUGGCUGGAAACUCCUUCCUUCACAGUCACUGGUGGCCUCUGUUAUUGGUGAAGGCUCAAUGCUGCCCGGCUGGUGACUGCUGGACUGGUAGUAGUGACUGACUAGUGACUUUGGGGCACUAGUACGUACUUAGUAAUUCUCUGGGAAGUUAUAAUAUACAUACUUAUACCUUUCAAAUACUAGUGGACUUGGCUACUGGUGAAUGAAGUGACUGACUGGUGACUGAGUGGUGAGUUUGAGGCACCAGUAUGGACUUAGUAAUUAUCUGGGUCUCUCUAUGUCCAAGAAAGUUACAUUAUGUAAAGAAAGAAGUGUAGAAAUGAUUGACACUCCCAAGAAAGUUAUAGUAAGCAAAGAAGGAAGAGUAAAAAUAACUGAUCCUCCCAAGAAAGUUACAAUAAGUGAAGAAAGAAAAGUAUAAAUGAUUGACACUCCCAAGAAAGUAACAAUAAGCUUUUUUUUUGGUAUUUCGUUGGGGAUAUACCCCAAUGGAGGAAGGCGGUGCAUGCCGCGCAACCCCCCAGACGGCUGGUAGAGAGAUACCCAAUUCUUUCAAGGAGGAGGCCCAACAACGGGGCUGAGGGUGUCGGAAAGAGCCCACCUUUCCACCCCCAUGGUAACUGAUAGGUCUUGAACCCACACCCCAGCAACCUGGCGAAGCGCAAGGCAGAGACUCUACCACGGGACCACGGGAGCCCCCAACAAUAAGCUAAGAAAGACAAGUAUAAAUGAUUGAACCUUUUAAAAUGAGUAACUUCAAGUGUAAACCAAAGAAAAUGGAAAAAAUAAAGUAUAGGGAGACUUAAUAGUACGUGUGUGUGACUGAUUCUCCCAAGCAAGUUACAAUACGUGAAAAAGGAAAAAUAUAAAUGAUUGAACCUAUUAAUACAAGUAACUUCAAGGAAAAUACAGUGCAGGGAGACUCUAUAGUGUAUGUGUGUGAUAUAUAAGAAAGAUUUUAAUGAACACACACUUGAUACAUGCCAUAAACUUAAGCAUCUAUGACCAGGAAACAGAGUGAAGGGAGACUCAAUAGCUUAUGUGUGUGAUAUAUAAGAAAGAUUUUAAUGAACACAGUUGAUACAUCCCAUAAACUUAAGCAUCUAAGAACCUGGAAACAGAGUCAAGGGAGACUCAAUAGCUUAUGUGUGUGAUAUAUAAGAAAGAUUUUAAUGAACAUACAGUUAAUAUAUGCCAUCUAUGACCAAGGAAAUAAAGACAGUGAGUGGAGACUGCUGAUAAAGAGUUUCUGCAUUACUAUAAGAACAUAGGGUUAAUAUAUGCCAUAACCUUAAGCAUCUAUGACCUAGGAAAUAGACAGACAAUGAGUGGAAGCUUAAGUGUUUCUGAAUUAUUAUAAAAAGAGACAGAACCACUUAUACCAUCAAUGUGUCACAAGAAAAAGAAGAUGAAGGAGAGUCUCACACAGGUAAAGAAAUGUUAAUCCAGGAAAUCUAAGAAAGAAACAAACAAACAAAUAUAAGAUAUGUAUUGAAAUCUCGGCUGCAUGAGUGAAUAUGUGUGUGUGUGUGUGUGUGUGUGUGUGUGUGUGUCUAUCGCUCCUCGUCGUCACUCCUACCACCGCCUCCGCCACCGCCGCCGUCAGUGGUGCGACAAUACUCAUGAAUUAUAAAACAAUAAAAGUAUAACCCAG